AUGGCAGUGAGCUCCGGCAGCAUCUCAUCCUUUUCCAGUGAUCCUUCGCAGAGUAUUAACCGUUUGAUGUUGAUCCAGUCACUAUCAGAUUUCAAGAAAGCGAUCAAAAAGGAGAAAGUUGACAUCAAACGAGUAAAUGACGACAACACAUCUCUUCUCCACUGGUAUUGCUCGUCAGGAAGGCAAGAUAUUGUUGAUUAUCUUCUUCAAGUGGGCGUACCAAUCACUACAAACAAAACCAAUCACCAGAUUCCAUUACAUUGUACAGUCGAUUGCAAUGACAAGAUGGAGGAUACAAAGAGAGAGAAUAUUAUACUGUCGCUGGUUGCUGCUGGAGUAGAAGUGGAUCAACAAGAUGUGAAUGGUUGGACAGCUUUAAAGCUCGCCUGUCGUUUUGGAUUGUAUGAGUGUGUCUACUAUUUACUUAGCAAUAGAGCAGAUGCUGAAAAGUAA